GACUGGUUUGCAUUGAGCAUUUCUUUUUUAUAAAGGCACAGUAGCAUUUAAAGCCUUUUAGAAAAGUGAAGACUAGAGGCAGUCUCCAGAAGAUAAACAUACAGAGCUACUGAAGAAAUAACAGUUUUCACGUUCUUACACUGCAGUACAUCCGUGGAACUCAUCCAUCAUGAAGCUGAAUCAUUUUCUUCUGCUGUGUCUCACUGGUUUUGUCUCAAUCACCCUGCAAGAUGACCGCCAUCAAUAUUAUUUGAUCAAAAAUCUAGCGACAUGGUCAGAUGCGCAAAGUUAUUGCAAGAGCAAUUAUGACAAUUUAGCUACAGUGCAGACUGACGAUGACUGGGAAAGGUUCAAUAUUGAGGCAGAAAGUAAAGGUGUGCCAGCGACUGGCUGGAUCGGACUGUACAACAAUGUCAACACCUGGUACUUGAUCAAUAAUGGCAUUGGGGUGUAUAUCAGUCGAUCAUUUUGGGCUCCUGGACAGCCUGAUAAUGCUGGUGGGAAUCAAGCCUGUGGUGCAAUAAACGCAAGUGGAUACUGGCUCGAUUAUUACUGCGGUGAUCAGAAACCCUUCAUAUGUUACGAUGCUAUCCAAGGGUUUGUUGCUGUCAAUUCUAGCAUGUAUACCUUUGGACAAACUCUUUGGUACUGCCAAACACAUCACAAAGAUAUUGCCAGCCCAUUAAAUGAAACACAGAACAAUGAGUUACAGCAGUUGGCGAUGCUCCAGGGCACUUCUUGGAUUGGCCUAUUUAGGUCGACUUGGAAAUGGUCGGACUCAACUACACCGACAACUCUCCGGUGGGCGCCUGGCUUUCCAAAUAAUGUUGAUCACAAUGACAACUGUGCUUCAGCUAAUAACAGCCUGAUAGUGGAUAGACAAUGCAACAGCCAAUUCUAUUUCUUCUGCCACACAAAGUAUAUACAGAAAACUCAAACACUGAAACUGAAGAUUAAAGGAGACAAGAGUGUGUUUGAUCCUGCUGUUCAGUCAGCCAUUUUACAGCAGCUCACAUUGAAACUGAAUGACCAUGGCCUAUCGAGGGAUACACAAGUGGCCUGGAAGGUGCAACAAGAUGGAAGCAUCUUUUACAAGAAAAGCAAAGAUGACCUGUAAACAAAACUCUCACAUACUUCUCAGCCUAUAACUUUAAAAUUCUGUGUCAAGUUCUGUUGUGGGACAUUUUCAUGUAAAAGGCCCAUAAAUUAAAUUCAAUUUCAAUUCAAUCUUAUUUGUAUAGAGAUUUUAACAACAGACCAAAAUCGAGAAGUAGAUUAAUACUUAGGUCUAUGAUCAUGUUAAGAUGAACAGACUCAUAAAGGGACCAUAUAAAACACAGCAGCACAACUACAAUAUACGUACUACAAAAAUUACAUUGUUAGGGCCAAGCAUUCAGAGUUCAAGCCAUGAAUGUUUUGAAGCUUGCUCUGGAUGUUUUCAUCAGAACUUUAGUUGGGGAUUUACUUCAUAUCAAUGGUAAUUAAGUGUCAGACUGGAAAAGAGUUGCUGUUCCUCAAUUGAUAGUUAACUUGAAUGCAUAUGAACAAGGGCAUUCAAAUUAAAAGCACACAAAGUACAAAAUAUAGAUU